AUGCGAUUGACGGCCCGUCUUCUGCAGCAGCAGCAGAAAUGCCGCAUUACGCUGUUUACGCGGCCCAAUUGCGGCCUCUGUACGCGCGCCAAGUCAGCUCUCUCCCACGUCUGGGACGCUCGGCCGUUUGACUACCGCGAAGUCGACGUCAUCGACCCCGUCCAUAAAGGCUGGCGGGAUCUCUACGACUUGGAUGUACCCGUGAUCCAUGUCAGCAAGAUUACGGCGGCCGAGGAAGACCCCAAGCUGGCGUCGCGCGCCGUCAAACUCAUGCACCGCUUCGAUCCCGACGACGUGAAAGCCAAAAUGGAUCUUGUGGAGAAGAACGACGCCUAG